AUGUGUUGGCGUUGUCAGCCACACCGAUACGUCCAGAAGAUUGGACAGACAUCCAAAGUGGUCGAGUCGCCUCGCAUGAUGCAUAAAGGCCCAAAGCUCCUUUUUCUACUCAACCUCAGAGUCUUUCUACUUCUUUCUCCCCUUCUAGAACGCGAGGCACCCACGGAGUCAUCCACCACGCCAGCGACCCUCCACCCAAGCAGUGCUUUUGCAGCUGGAAAUGGUGCACUAGUCUCUGGCCAGCAGUCAAACUGUCAAGACAAUCACUCCGAUGGAGGCCGAACGGAAAUAAAUCCCUUUCGAUCGAGGAGGAGAGAGCCGACGGGAAGACGAUCGAAGAUUGUGGAGAUGGGAUCUGCUGUAUACAUAAGGUGUGUGAGGGAACAUGUCUUGUGUCGACAAUGGUUUUUGGCGAGGUGGGUCCCCAAGCAACCCUUCACGUCUGGAGGACUUUCCGGCAAGUUGAGAAUCUGGUUGCGUGAUUACACCGCUAUUGCGCCGCUUUUACGAACGCGUCUUUGUAUGAGCUCCUGUCGAGGCUCGAUUCUCGCAGCGACCACGAUCUGCCGUAAGAGCUGUUAUUUCAUGACGAGGACCUGGUGGACCGCCCCGGGGAGUUGA